AUGAAAGAAGUUGUCGCCGCCGCCACGGCCGCGAUCGCCGCCAGCGCCAAAGAGAUGGGGCGGGAAGGAGCAAGAAGAGAGUCGCGUUAUGGAUUGUUUGUUCAAAUUCUUGCUGCAUUAAAACUUACUGCAUCGGUUUUGUCAUACCUGGCAUAUGAUCAGUAUCGGUUGGGUAAGGACACUGUUCACAUUGAGGAUGCCAUCGAUCUUGAUGAGUUUGUUAUGUUGAAUUUCAUGGUUGAUCACUCCUUCCCACAUAUGCAAGCAGAUGAGAAUGGCCUUGUCUUUUACCCAGGAGAGACUGAUCAGAGUCUGCACAUUUAUGUUGCCAGUGACAAGGCAAAGAAGUUUGUGUCGUCACUGCUGGAUGCUCUCCGGGAGAAUGAGAGACAUGGCAUAUGUUUUGGAGAGUUUGGGUGGAACAAUCUAUUGCUUAGGCUUAACUACACCAAUGCCCAUACUGUCAUUGCUCACUUGUUCGUGAAUGAUGUUUCUGAUGACAUAGGCGAUCUCUUGGAUCUUAUGCAGUAUAAUUUUGCGGAGAGAUCACUGUUUUCUAUCCAUUCCUCAUUGGUUUCCAUGGCAAACCACUCUGGUCUCUUCGAGGAGUUCUUUGACACGCUUUUUAAUGUUGUACCACCAGCUGAGCUGCAUGAUAUUCUGCAAAGAAUGAGAGCUGCUUUUCCUCUUACUCUUUUGCAUUGGAGGGCAUGGGUAAACAGUAAUGAUCUUUUGAUGGAGACCUUUAAUUUUAAUGGUGGACAAAGCUAUGUCAUUCCUCAGAAUGCACCCAACCAGAGGAAUCUCAGCAGAGAUCAAAGGAUUAUGCUUGGUCAUUUGAGGAUUAGUAUUGUGGGCAGACAGAUACUAACUGUACCAGAGCUUGAACUUAUUGGGCCUCUACAGCUGUUACUCUUUCUCAGGAAUCGUCCUGCGCACAGGAUGGAGCAUUAUCAGAGAUUUCUUACCGCCCAUGCUGAUUAG